AUGGCUCAUUCGGUUGUAGCUUCUGCUUUAGUUGCCUGGGUGAAUACCUUUGAUAAGCUUUCACGUACCGUUAGUACGAUAAGUGAUCUUGCAGACAGUACUGUUUUGGUCGAAAUCGUUUGUACUAUUGAUAAUAAGUUUUUCAAGCUUUCAAAUGAUACUCGCGAAAAUAGUUGGAAUCAAAGAUUUAAAAAACUCCAACAAAUGUAUCAGCUCAUUAUUCAUUACUACGAUACGGUUCUCGGAAUUCCCACUUUGAACGUUGAUGCACCUGACCUUAAAUCCAUUGCAAGAGAAGGAAAUUUGGAAGAAGCAAUAAAGCUAUGGUCGUUGAUCCUUACAAUGGCUGUUAGAUCCCCUAAUAACGAUGUAUAUAUUGAGAAAAUUCAAUCUCUAAAUCCACAGUCUCAACAAGGCUUGAUGGUGUCCAUCGAAAGGAUAAUGACUCGAUUAGGAGAGCCUACUGUUCAACAUUCUUCAAGAGCUUCGCCAAUUACUGACAAUGGAUUAAAUAAAGCUCAUGAAGAAUAUAUUAAACUUAUCGAGGAGAAAGAUACUCUCGAAAAAACUCAUGCAGUUCUGAUGGAAGAGCAUUCCGAUUUAAGCUCUAGAUAUGACGAUUUGCAAGCUUCUAACGAUGAAUUGAGACAAAAACUUAGAGAGAUAGAGAGUGGUAAAGACUUACAUUGGAAAGCUGAGAUUGAUAAUCUUCGACAUGAAUUAGCUCGAAGUGAAAAUCGACGUCAUGAAACAGAACUCUUGGUUGAGAGAAGCAAUAUUACGAUAAAUGAACUUACUAAAAAGAAUAUAGAUCUCACUGAACAAGCCGAUAGAGCGAUGCAAUUAUCUGAUCAAUUAGAUGAGCAGAAACAUACUGCAGAUAAGUUAAGGAAGUCUGAGGCCGUUCUUGAAAAAUAUAGAAAGAAACUUGAUGAAACUGCAGAUAUUAGAAGAACGCUCAAAGAAAAUCGUCAGCUUAUCGAACGCAACCGGGAGAUAGAGGAUGAAUAUCGUAAGGUUUCUGGUUUCAAGGCUUUAAUGGAAAAUUAUAAGAAGCAAAUCGAUGCUCUUCAGAUGGAAAAGGCAGAACUGAUCGCUCAAAAUAAUAAACUUGAAUUUGAGAAUAAACAUAUACGAUCAAAGAUCGAAGCUCAUGAAGUGGCACAUGCUCGUGACAUGGAAGCCAUACAUUUACUGGAAGACCGUGUAAGAGAAAUGGAAAUGGGUGAUGGCGAACGCCUGCAAUUGGAAGAAGAUAAAACAGAUGUAGAAAGAAAUAUAGAGUCUAUUGGAGAUGAAAUGUCUUUUGCGGAAAAAGGAGACACAAAGACUAGUCUGAGGUUAAAAAUAAAUGAACUUGAACGAGAAUUAGCAAGGUUGAGUGAAGGUAAACCAGUGGAUGGAAAUGCUGAAGCGGAAGUGUUAAUAUACCAAAAUUUGUUGGAGGAUGCAAACCGUGCCAAAAACAAACUUCAAAAGGAUUACGAAAAAGUUCUGAAAGAUAAAAUGACAUUAGAAAAUGAGCUACGGAAUGGCAGUACUUCUAAUGGUGUGGAUAAAUCUGAAAAUAGGAGUUUCGAAAGUGAAUUAACGGAAACUAAGCGAAAGCUUAUCGAGGCUCAGAUAAAACUUAACCAGACAGAAAGAGGAGAUGAAAGUGAUUUAUCGGAAUUCAUAACAACUCUAGAAGCUAGAGUUAAAGAAUUAGAGGCAGAAAAGGAAAAAUUGAAGAAUCGUAAUGAAGAAUUGAAUUCCUUUAUUCAAAGUUUGGAAGGCAAGAGCGAGGAAGAUCUUAAAGGUCAAAAUAUUCAAUUGCUUCAGAAGAAUCAAGAGUUCAGAAAACUCAUUAAAGGCCAGCAUGAAACUAUUAAAAGCCUUGAGAGUUAUAAAACCGCAUUUGAUGCAGAGAAGAAAGCUUAUGAUGAAGAACUCGCUCAUCUGAAGCAAACUAAUGAAGAAGAAAAACGGCGUAUCGCUAAAGAGAUGAGUUUAAUCACAAGCGCUUGGUUCAGCAUGGGCCGACGUAUUCAAGGUGAUCAUGUGUUCUUGCAACGACAGGCGCCCUCAUCGUUCCUUGGUCAACAACGCAUGAUUCUUGAUACGCAGCUAAAGCGGCGGUGA